AUGAGAUCUUGGUUCAUUUUAGCUUUUUCUCUGUUGCUCACGGCAAACGCAACGAAUGGAACGAAAAGUACCGAUGGCAAAUCAUUUGUCUGCAACCAGUACAACGGACAUAACUCUAAAACAAAUCAAGCAAUCAAGAAAAUCGACAAAAAACUGGAUCAGAUAAUUGAAAUGCUACAGCCUUCUCUUAUGACUAGUAAGAAACUCUUUAAGCAGAGUUUUGUGAUGAAUUAUUAUUAAAUAGUUCGAUACUUCAGGAGUGAUUAACCUAAUUACAAACCAUGAAAAAUAUCUCGUAUCUCAAAGUGUUUCUUACAGAAUGGUGUGGAAAGUCUUCUUUUUACAAAUAACACGCUUUAUAUCCUUUUAUUUUCGGUCCCACAGCCUCAACGUGCAAGGGAAUCUAUACCAAGAACUUGUAAGUAUAUGAGACAAAGGAUACCCUAAUUGAUUUCAUUUUUAUUACACGUAAGUUAACUCCAAUCGUUUCCAACUUGUCAACAAAUUAACGCAAAAAGAAACUCUAUAAGCGUUAAAUUGAAUGUUAAAUAAUCCAAAAACGAAUACCAGGUGAAAUAUAACGUGUCGAAUUAAGUGUUUAAGAUAAGCUCAAGAACUAAAGGACCAAGAAUGCACAUUUGUUUUUGACUCAACAGCACAAGGUCUAAACCCAGUGAUAACAAAAAGUAUUUCAGUACAGAAAAACGAACUGGUUACAGAGUAAACUGAGUACGUAAAUUUAUGUAGCUAGCUAAGGUCGAGGAAAUCUAGAGAAUGCUUCAAUACUAUGGAAAAUUACUAUUUGGAUUUCAGUAAUGUUCCUUCAUUUCAACCGGCCACUAAGUUGAAAACGAAAUAAGUCAUGAUGUAAGCGAACAUUGCAGCACUAAAAGCCCUCAACACUAAAUCUUGAAAUUUAGGGUAGAUAUUUAAGAGACUAGUGUUUAAGUUUACACACGAAAAACAGAGAGAAUUGCUUGUAAAUUUAAUUUCUUCAGUAUUUUAGAAAAUAAAAGUGAAAAUUGAUGCAUUAAUGGUUACAACUAACUAAAAUACCGAUAAGAAAAUGGUAAGAAAAUAUUAAGAAAAAAACAAUUGAAAAUAAAUUGAAAAAGAAAACUCAGACAAUUUACGAAAUGCUCAAACUAAGGAUAGUUUAUGAGUCACUAACUUAAGAGGACUGAGCAGUUUUCAUAUAUAUGGCGGUAAAACAGAAUCCUCCUUAUCGACAAAGUCAGUAAUAACAACGCUCCACGAUAUUUUAUAAGAUUACUCGAUUUCGACCAAACAUCGCUUAUCUGAUAAGAAAGAUUUCUUUUACGAGAAUUCUAAAUUUCCAUGGUGUCCUAACUUUAAGAGAAACAAGCUGGGAGUAAUCAGUAAAGUGGUACGUUUUAACAGGUCCAGUGAAAAUAAAGCGUAUUUGCUUGAUGUUGGAUCUGCAAAAAUUCCUGUAUACUGUCACAUGACCAAGCAUGGGCUUGAUGCAUGCGGAGGAGGUGGAUGGACGCUGGUCAUGAAGAUCGAUGGCACAAAGGUAUUAAAAGUUAAAUGUUCUCACAAGUUCCAACGUUUGUCAUAACCUAAUUCCCAAUAUAAAGGUAAACUUACAAUGUAAGUCACGGUCCACGUCAAAUGAAAGAAAGGGAAUCUAUUACGUUUAGGUUUGAAAAGUUUUAGCUUAAUUCACUGUAAGUAGUAACAGACAAAGUAUGAAGAGAAUAAUAUGUGAGGACUUCGCAACAAGACCAGUGAACACCAAGGCGAGAUUGUAUCAUAUUUCUUAAACAGAUAAAACAGCAAAGUGACAGUACUCUAUAUAAAAGAGUUAACUUUUUUUUUCCAGACAACAUUUCAUUACACUUCUCAACUGUGGAGCAACAAAGUCGACUCAGUCAAUCUUCUAGGAGGGAAGGCUGGGUUGGACACUCACGAGACCAAGUUACCGACUUAUUGGAACACACUGUCUUGGAAUGAAGAUCGGUCAGCAGUUCAAGUCUGUUAUCAUCAACCAUCAAGCCAGAUCCCUGUAUUCACUGAUCGCAGAUGGCAAAUACCGAGCUACUUCACUGGGCCGAAACUCAUGGAAGAUCUCAUUGGCUCUCGGGCCUCGUUAUACAGCCCUACUGUAACAAGGAAGGAUUCAACGUACUAUGCACCGAUGCCACCGGCUCUAAAGCAAGAAUUGGUAUCGUUGCCAACGAUCAGAAUGUCUGUAGCUCUUGUGACUCCAGAAUCGGGUUUGGCACUGGAGGGUACAAUGAUGACUCCAACACGUGUGGUAACGAAGCUCAACACGGGGGAGAGAAUGGCGACCAGCACAUCAAAGCGAUGCGAUACGUCUUGGUUC